UUCGUACGUUUUGAUAGGAGUGAUCCAGUUUUUCUUGGGAUGGUUCGAUAAAAUUUUGCAGUUCGAGAGUAAUCUCAAUAAAAUUUUAAUUCACAAAAUUUAAACAUAAAUCAGAACUUACGCGAUGACCGCAACCAUCGAGUAUCUGAAAAGUCCAGACCUGGUAGUUAAAGUCCAGGAAUUUUUUGGUAUUGACUAUCUGGGACGAACAGGAAAAAUCGAUCCCGUGAAACACAACGGUUGCGAACAGGAACACAUUAAGCAAUCGCUGAACACGCAUCGUCCAAACAAAACCGUGAAUGGGUCAACGGUGACGAAAAAUGAUGAUAGCAGCGCUAGUACUAAUUGCGAUAAGAAAUCACCGGAAGAUAGCGGCAAAAGUGAACCUUAUCGGGUGACUAACAAAUUUUGGUAUUACCUGUUCAUUAUCGGGACCGAACUGGGAGAUGAGAUCUUUUAUGCGACCUUCAUUCCGUUAUGGUUCUGGAAUGUCGACAGUGCUGUUGGGCGAAGGGUCGUUAUGGUUUGGUCAGCCAUUAUGUAUGUCGGUCAAACGCUGAAGGAUGUGAUUAGAUGGCCUCGUCCGAGCUAUCCUGUCAGUCGGUUGCAGAAAAAGUGGGCCCUCGAAUAUGGUAUGCCUUCUACCCAUGCAAUGGUAUCGGUGGCCAUACCAUUUUCCGUACUGAUUUAUACUUACGAUAGGUACAUUUACUCCAUGUCAGCUGGGCUGACGUUCGCACUGGUCUGGUGUACCGUCAUUUGCGUCAGUAGAGUGUAUCUAGGAAUGCACAGUGUGCUGGACAUCAUUGCCGGUUUAGUAUUAGUAACAACGCUGAUGAUACCAUUGAUUCCAAUCGUGGACAAACUAGAUUAUAUCAUAGUUACUAGUCACUGGUCGCCAGUUUUUGUGCUGGCCGUUUCAAUUAUGCUUAUAGUAUUUUAUCCGGACUCCGGCAUUUGGACGCCAACUAGAGGUGACACCACCCUCACGGUGAGCGUCUGCGCAGGCAUUGAAAUCGGUGCGUGGUUGCACUAUAUGCUCGGUGAUAUUAGUUCGCCGGUCAAUCCGCCACCAUACGAAAUCAUUUGGCCUUCCUACGCCAUGCUUGGAAUGCUGUUGCUUCGUACCGUACUGGGACUAUGCUGCAUUGUGGCCACCCGUGCCUUUGGAAAAUCGAUUUCCUACGCAUUCGUGUGCUUCCUUCUAGGCCGUGACAAGAACGAACUUCGUCGUUCGGAAAACACGUUGGAAAAUAAGAACAAAAUUAUCGUUGAGCUGUCGUACAAAUUCUUCACGUACGGAAUGAUCGGAUUCAACACGCAAUACCUGCUGCCGAAAGUGUUCAAACUGCUAAAAAUAGGACGACCGGAUUUCUACACUGAAGUUUGAUUCCGUUCAACAAAUAGUACAGUGCGUCGCGGGGAAUGACCCUGACUGACUAACAUUCCGUAGGAUAUCAAUUUUAGAAACAAUUGUCUUAGCAACUGCAGCGAAUUGGCUUUGUCAACUCCUGAGAAUCUUUGUAGCAGUUCAUUCGACCUCCACUCGAACUAAAAGCACAACAACGAAUCUAAUGAUAAUCUGUUUGAAUAAAUGCUUCGCCUCAUGUUUCUUAUGCGAAAA